AGAUGCCGUCGUUCCUGGCGUGGGCGAUGGGCGCGGCGGGCGUGGGGGUGUGUAAGGAGGUGGAGUACGCGCGGAAGGCGAUUGAAGCCGGUGGUUCGAAUCCUGAUGGGGAGGGGGUGGUGUGGGACUGGUUGUUUGUGGAGGACGCAAAAGGGCAGAUGAAGAAGAUGGUAUUUCAGGGGCUGGAGAAGGGGAGGAAGAGGCCGGCGGUUGUGAGAAAGGAGUUCGCGGUGCAGAGUUUGAUACUUGGGCAGCUGGCGAUCGAGGACUGAGACCUUGUCAAGGAGCGCCUCUGGGAUCGGGCGUUAUGCAGCGCUACGAGCGGCUCGGGGGAUUUGGGCGAACGAUGGGGAUGCCUACAAUGACAAGUAGCUUUUAUGGCGUGUCUAGGGUCAAUGGAAC